GGUUACACACUGAACAAGCAGCUCAUCACCUGUACACUGUUACUCAGUGUAUCACAUACAGGAAACCAUUCGCACCAGUAAUACCAGCAGCCACACUCGCAUCUGUAUCGAGUAAACGGUGUCAAGGGGAUUAAGGGAUGCUGCUGAGGUGGUUGAAGGCACCGGCGGAGCGCAGAUAAAGGACAACAAAUAGUGUGUGUGCGGGCAAACAAACCAGGCAGGGAUAGUCCUCACCAGAAACAUGCCUUCACAGGACAUUAAAGACUCAGAAUGUAAGCGAGGAAAGGCUUCAGAGUACCGUUACUAUAAGUAGACACAUGGUCAGCACUGAGGACCAUCUUAAUCAUCUGUCCUAUUCCUCAUCUUCAUCGUCGCUCUGUGGGAAAAAGACUGCACCCUGCUAGAAUAUAAUGGAUGUCUCACCAAAAUUAGAGGCCAGCUAAUUUCAGAGCCUCGUUUCGUCAUGCCACCAUGCCACCAUGCAUGCCACCCUGACAUCCAUCAUGUGUCCGUGUCACUGUUGAAAGAUGGCAUUGCUCGUGGUUUCUGCGCUCCUGUGCCUGUCCGGUUGGGUCUCUCUCUAUGUUAUCCUGUGCAGCCUGAAUGGAUCUCGGGGCUACGAGUGGAACUGUCGUCUUGUCACCCUUGUGCAUGGCAUCCUAGCAGUCUGUGUCACAGCAUACAUAGGCUAUGUGGAUGGACCCUGGCCUUUUACGCAUCCAGGUACUAAGAACACCCCUCUGCAGAUAAGUGCCAUGGUGCUGAGUCUCGGCUAUUUUAUUUUCGAUAUGGCCUGGUGCGUGUACUUCCGCACAGAGGGCCCUGUUAUGCUGGCCCACCACACCAUGAGCAUCCUGGGAAUCCUGCUGACCCUGUGGCUGGGGGAGUCUGGCAUCGAGUCGUGCGCUGUGCUCUUUGGCAGUGAAAUCACCAACCCCCUCCUGCAGGCACGCUGGUUCCUCAGACAGACAGGACAUUACGAGACACUGCUGGGGAACGUUGUGGACGUCCUGUUUGUGGUGCUGUUUGUGUUCAUGAGAAUCUUUGUGGGAGGCACAAUGUUGUACUGUGAGUUGAUCUCCCCCAGACCCAGGUUCUUUAUCAAGUGUGGCGGAGUGGCCAUGUACGCUCUGUCCUGGGUGUUCAUGGUGGACAUUUAUCGAUUUGCCAUGCGGAAGAGCAAGAGGUGGCAGAGACAGUGGAAAGUCCAGCGCAUGGAGGAGACAGUAGUGGUCAAUGGUCAUGAAGGGAAGAUGGACUGAUUUCUUUCUCUACACUGUAUGGUGUUUGUGACUGAAAUUAAUGUGCAUAAUGUCUGUGUACCUCACUUUUGACUCGCAAGUACAAAGGGAAUCAACUUUUGUAUGUUCAAUUGAGAUAAACAAAAAACAAGGGAGCUGUCAAAGCCAUAAUAUCCUUAUUACGCGCUCCCGCCUUUGUGUAUAAUUGAAGAAUAUUCUUUGAUGUGUCUGUAAUGUCAAAUACCUGUGCAUUUUGAAACACAGUUUUUUAUGAGCACACUACAGAAGAAAAUGUAAUAACAGUCUUAAAGGUACAGUUAGCUUAUAGAAGAGACAAUUCAUGUCACCGAAAACCAAAGCAGCUACUGUGAUCACAUCAGCAGAUGUUGUUGCUUUCAAAACCUAACUGUAGUGAACUGUAGCCCAGUCAUAUGUUCUGGUCUGGGUCCAAAAGGAAUCUCACUCUUAAGAAAUGCGCAGUGGUGAUGCCCUCUGUUGUGAAACAUUUACAGUCACAUAAAACAUGUAGGUUGGAUUGUAACAGCAAAGGCUCAUUGUCACACUGACAGUCAGUGUAGCCAGACAUGGAAAUUGAGUGUACAUGUGAAAGACGUACUCAGGGAUACCAGAAACUUGGGUUGAAUUCUAGAGGGAUGCAUAUGUUUGAUUAUUUUGUUUUUGUUUUUCCUUUUUUUUUUUUUCCAAAUGUAAAACCAUCCUUUUAAGCUUUUGCUGCUUAUUUCUGAAAUCCUACCCUAGAGUCUGCCCAAAAUAGCAUUCCUAUUACUACCAGCAGUAUAUUUCUUUUGAUUCCCUCAAAUAAAGGAAUAAAAAGGGGGGGACACAUCAUCGCACAGCCCUGUUUUGCAAUGCAUCAGAGAUCUAUGGAAACUACAAACUAUUUAAAAUGUUGAGUGAAAGUCAUAUCAGAAUUUGUAACCUAUAUCACAUCUUAGUCUCUGGAUGUGAUUCAUUGUUGAGGAGACAUGCACAUAAUCUAUACUUCACACACCCUUAAAGCCCUGAAAAUGAUAAAUUUGCUUUGAGUCUUAACAAAAGGCAGUCACAAAUAUGGAAAAAAAUUGAUUGUAUAACACAUUAUUUUUAUGUCAGUACAUAACCAGAAUUAAACAAAUGCAAGCAUAAAGAGUUUUUUUGGUUACAUAGCGUUUUGUCUGGCACGGUCAUGAUCCAGUUAUCUCCUGGAGUCAAGGUUGGUCCUUAGUGAAGUAAUCAUUUUGAGGUAUCAUUUAGGCCAUCUGUCUUUUUCAUGGCCUUUCACAAUGCCUUGUUUGUAAAAGCAUUCCCAUCCUGGGCAACACUACCUUUUAAGAUCAAAUGCAUCAUGGGAUGAAGACUUAAAUUAUGUGGUUAUAACUGGAUCCAUUUCAUGCCAGCAAAGAUACCAACCAGUGUAGAACUACCACUAUUCUUUGGAUUUUAUGUUGGUGUUUCCUUUAUUUUGAGUAUACCUUGUAUAUUAUUUUACUGCACUAUACUUUUUGCAGUAAUAUCCAAGAAAUUUCUGUAUUACUGUCAUUUGCCCAUCUAUAUUUGAAGUUGAUGUACAUGCACUCAAAUGAGGUCCAUGUAUUUGGGUGUUAAGAAUUAUGACCAUCAACGUUAUGUUUAUGAAAGGGAGAAUAGCUGGUGCGUGCCUUAGAGAUCUGAAUGUACUUUCCUUUUAAUAGUUUAUUGGUUUUUAUGUUUGUUUGUCUUGUGCUGUACCAUACAACACCGAACACAAGCGCAGGCUUAAUGGAGAGGCCUUAGUUUUGGCUUUAUGAUUUGAUUACAUUCUUUAUUAUCCCUGA